AUGUCAAAACUCAAUCUCAACUUGUCUGCUUCAUUGAACAUCUUCAAGCUUAUUGCUAAGCCUUCAUUAUGUUUGCCCCACGCUACUGUCGCAACCUUCAAUGACCUACCAAUUCCUCUUAACAAGGCCUUUGGCAACGGCGAGAAGAAGGUCGACAUAAAGGCUGUCGUGUUGGAUAAGGAUGACUGCUUUGCCAUUCCUGAUCACAAUGAAAUAUACGGAGACUAUAAGGUGGGGCUUUAUCUCUUUUCAAGUCCUUUGAGAAUCACAUCGGCUAAUUCAGCCCAGGAACGCAUGGAGGCUCUCAAGGCAGCAUACCCUGGCCGCCGUCUUCUGAUCGUGUCCAACACUGCCGGAGCUCUAAGCUGGGACAAGGACGGCAAGAUGGCAUCCGCAGUUGAAAGAGCUACCGGUAUCACUGUCCUUCCUCAUGGGGUGAAGAAACCAGGCUGCGGCGACGAGAUCAUGUCGUACUUCCGUGCUCACCCGGAGACCGGCGUCACCAGUCCUCACCAGAUCGCUGUUGUUGGAGACCGACUGGCCACCGACAUGAUGCUUGCCAACAUGAUGGGAAGCUAUGGCAUAUGGGUGAAAGAUGGAGUUGUUCCCCACGAGAAGAAGAGCAUCUGGUCGAGAGUUGAGAGGAGCGUUGCGCCCUUCCUCGUGUCUCGUGGUUAUACUGCUCCCGAGCCAGUGAGCCCCUUCGAGUAA